GGCUUUGGGUCAGGCAGGGACUGAUGGGGAGCUCGGGCCGAUGGGCAGUCUUGUUGCUGGGCUCGUCUCACAGACAAACCCUCAGAGGCAAGCUGGUGGCCCCGGAGAGCCCAACUUUGCCCUUUGCGUGGCGUCUGGCACCAGAGACUCGGAGAACAGCGGGCAAGGAUGGACUUCCGGUGCUGCCUCUGAGACAAGCCCUGUCCUCCAUCUUGGUUUUGGCGAGGGUCUUCCUUGAAGGCUCCGCAGGGGUUAUUUGCUGGAGCUGAGCCUUUUAAGUUCUGUGAUGCUUAGUAGGGCAGGAACAUUGGGGAUGUGCAUGUUUCAUUUUAGCCUUUGGUUACACAGGAGCCAGGCACCAAGUGUCACCUGUGUAGUGCGGGUGGGAGGACACACAGAGUGAAAGGGACGUGGCUUCUGAGCGCCCCCAACCGAGGCCCUGUUGGGUAUUUGCUCAGAGAUACCACAUCUCAAGGUUAUUUUUACAGCAGCAGCUGGAAACCCCCGCUCUUUAUAUAAUAAGCUCUCUGCUUUUAAACGUUGGCCUUAAUUUCUAACUUGUAAGCACAUCAUAUAGCUGGGGAGAAGAUACAAGUGAAUGGUAUCGGCCCUUGGACCUCGGGGAAAGGUGUUCAUCCACACAGACUCCCAGUGGCCGUCACUUAGGGUUCUUGCGUGCCAGACGUGUCUGUAAUACUGGUGUUUGAGAAACGGAGGAAGGAGGAUGGAGAAUUCAAAAUCGGUCUGGGCAAAAUAGCAAGACACUGCCUUAAAAAGUCAGGUUUGUGUGGAGAGGGGCACAGUGCUUGAUUCACUGAUCUUACAGACCUUCAUGGAUACCAUGUUGAAAUCCAACCCCCAAACCCAGCAGAGGAGUAACCACAAUGGUCAAGAGACCAGCCUUUGGUCCUCAGGCUUUGGGAUGAAGAUGGAGGCCAUCACUCCAUUCCUGGGGAAGUAUCGCCCCUUUAUGGGUCGCUGCUGCCAGACCUGUACUCCUAAGAGCUGGGAGUCCCUCUUCCACAGAAGCAUAAUGGAUCUGGGUUUCUGCAAUGUGAUCCUUGUAAAGGAGGAGAACACCAGGUUCCGGGGCUGGCUGGUUCGCAGGCUCUGCUAUUUCCUAUGGUCCUUGGAGCAGCACAUCCCCAUCAGCUCUGAUGUCUCCCAGAAGAUCAUGGAAAACACUGGGGUGCAGAACCUCCUCUCAGGGAGAGUUCCAGGAGCGGCUGGAGAAGGGCAGGCACCUGACCUAGUGAAGAAAGAGGUACAGCGCCUCCUGGGCCACAUUCAGACCACACCCCGUCCCUUCUUGCUCAGGCUGUUCAGCUGGGCACUGCUGUGGUUCCUGAACCGCCUCUUCCUGAAUGUACAACUUCACAAGGGACAGAUGAAGAUGGUUCAUAAGGCUGUCCAGGAGCAGGGCUCUCCACUUGUCUUCCUUUCUACACAUAAGUCCCUCUUGGAUGGGUUCCUGCUGCCUUUUGUACUGUUCUCCCAAGGCCUUGGUGUGGUCCGUGUGGCUUUGGACUCCCGCACCUGUUCCCCUGCUCUCAGAGCUCUAUUGAGGAAACUUGGGGCACUUUUCCUGCCUCCAGAGGCCAACCUCUCCUUGGACAGCUCAGAGGGCAUCCUUGCAAGGGCUGUGGUUCGUGCAACUGUGGAGCAGCUGCUCACUAGUGGUCAGCCUUUGCUCAUCUUCCUGGAAGAGCCCCCUGGGUACCCAGGGCCCAGGCUUUCUGCCCUGGGCCAGGCCUGGCUAGGCCUGGUAGUCCAGGCGGUCCAGGCAGGCAUUAUCUCAGAUGCCACACUGGUACCAGUUGCCAUUGCCUAUGACCUGGUUCCAGAUGCACCAUGUAACAUGAAUCAUGACUUUGCUCCCCUGGGGCUGUGGACAGGAGCCUUGGCUGUCUUUCGGAGACUGUGUAACUGCUGGGGCUGCAACCGUAGAGUCUGUGUCCGGGUGCACCUUGCCCAGCCAUUUUCCCUCCAGGAAUAUACCAUCAAUGCUAGAAGUUGCUGGGGUAGCAGGCAGACCCUGGAACACUUGUUGCAGCCCAUUGUGCUAGGUGAAUGUAGUGUUGUUCCAGACACUGAGAAAGAGCAGGAGUGGACCCCAUCAACUGGCCUCCUCUUGGCCCUUAAGGAAGAGGACCAGCUCCUGGUCAGAAGACUGAGCCGGCACGUUCUAAGUGCCAGCGUGUCCAGCUCAGCAGUGAUGAGCACAGCCAUCAUGGCAACACUGCUGCUGCUGAAGCACCAAAAGGUAGGGCAUUGUAUGGUGGGGCCCAGGGAAGGGCCGGGCGUGGCCCUCUGCUCAGGCCUGUUUUGCCUCCAGGGUGUGGUCUUAUCACAGCUCCUGGGGGAAUUCUCCUGGCUGACAGAGGAGACCUUGCUCCGAGGUUUUGAUGUGGGCUUCUCAGGGCAGCUGCGGUGCCUGGCCCAACAUACACUGAGCCUUUUGAGGGCACAUGUGGUUCUGCUGCGUGUCCACCAAGGAGACUUGGUGGUGGUACCACGGCCUGGGCCAGGCCUCACACAUCUGGCACGCUUGAGUAUGGGAUUGCUGCCCACCUUCCUGAGUGAGGCUGUAGGAGCCUGUGCAGUGCGGGGGUUGCUGGCAGGCAGAGUACCACCUGAGGGGCCCUGGGAGCUGCAGGGCAUAGAGCUACUGAGUCAGAAUGAACUGUAUCGCCAGAUCCUACUGCUGCUGCACCUGCUACCUCAAGACCUACUGCUGCCCCAGCCAUGCCAGUCUUCCUACUGCUACUGUCAGGAAGUGCUGGACCGACUCAUCCAGUGUGGGCUCCUGGUUGCUGAGGAGACCCCAGGCUCCCGGCCAGCCUGUGACACAGGAAGACAGCAUCUGAGUGCAAAGCUGCUGUGGAAGCCAAGUGGGGACUUUACUGACAGUGAGAGUGAUGACUUCGAGGAGCCAGGGGGCCGCUGCUUCAGGCUUAGCCAGCAGUCCCGCUGCCCUGACUUCUUCCUCUUCCUCUGCCGCCUGCUCAGUCCCAUACUCAAGGCCUUCGCACAGGCGGCCACCUUCCUCCACUUGGGGCAGCUCCCGGACUCAGAGGUGGGCUACUCAGAAAAGUUGUUCCAGUUUUUACAGGCCUGUGCCCAGGAAGAAGGGAUCUUUGAGUGUGCAGACCCAAACCUUGCUAUCAGUGCAAUCUGGACAUUCAAAGACCUGGGGGUACUACAGCAGAUGCCUAGCCCUACAGGACCCCAGCUCCACCUGUCCCCAACAUUUGCCACCCGGGACAAUCAGGACAAGCUGGAACAAUUUAUCCGACAGUUCAUCUGCACUUAGAAUCAGAGAGUGGAGCCUGAUGGGACUUGUCAGCCUAGAACUUAAGUGUGUAUCUUCUGGUCAGGAUACAGCUAAUCUGAACUUACAAAACC